ACAACAUAAAAAUGAGAAUCAAUGGAGUUCGAUCAGUUCGGUUUUGACUUCCAAUUGAAAUCGAUUAAAAUGAAAUUUGUAUUAACACAGUGUUUCUUAGUAGUUUUGGCUGUAAAACUUACAACAGCCCACAAUAAUAUAACAUACCCGCAAGCCCGUCGUGAUGAGAGUAUCGUCGAUGAUUUACAUGGCUACAAAGUAGCAGACCCAUAUCGAUGGCUUGAAAAUUCAAAUUCUGAAGAGACAAAACAAUUCGUAGGGGAUGAAAAUAAAUUAUCUCAAUUGUUCUUAGAGAAUGACAACACAUGGCAGAAAAUUAAUAAGAAAUUAACUUCAAUGUGGGAUUAUCCAAAAUAUACAACGCCACAACGUUAUGGAAAAUAUUACUAUUCCUUUCGCAACACUGGCCUUCAAAAUCAAGCUGUUAUAUACCGCCAAAGUUCAAUGACUGAUGAGCCAACUGUAUUUUUGGAUCCAAACGCCCUCUCAUCUGAUGGAACAGCUUCUCUGGAUCGCAUGGCAUUUUCUGAAGAUGGGAGUCUUUUAGCGUAUGGUCUCAGUGAAUCUGGAUCCGACUGGAUUAAAAUUAAAUUUCGCGAUGUGGAAACCGGUAAAGAUUAUCCCGAUCUCUUGCAACAAGUAAAACUUACAUCAUUAACUUGGACACACGACAAUAAAGGAUUGCUCUAUUGUCGAUUUGAUCAAGGUGGAAAUGGAUCUGAAACCGAUUCCAGUAAAAAUCAAAAAUUGUAUUACCAUUUAGUUGGUGAACCGCAAGAAAAUGAUGUGCUUGUGGCUGAAUUUCCAGAGAAUCCAUUGUGGUUGAUAUCAGCUCAAAUCACAUAUUGUGGCAAAUAUUUGAUUGUGACAGCUUCAUUUAGCAGCAAUCAGUACUUAUACUUUGCAGAUUUGGAGAAAAAUGAUCCAGUUACUGGCAAAAUUCAACUCACACAAUUUAUUUUCAAACCAGAUGUUGAAUUUUAUUAUGUAGCCAAUAUUGGAUCGAAAGCAGUGUUCCGUACAAAUGAAAAUGCAACAAAUUAUCGCCUCGUUGUAAUCGAUUUCGAAAACUUUGCACAAGAACAUUGGACAACGCUAGUUGAGGAAGAUCAAAAUGAUAUGUUGAGAUGGGCUCAGGUGGUAAAUAAGGAUAAAAUCGUUGUAUCUUAUAUUCAUGAUGUAAAGAGCGUAUUGCGAGUGUAUUCCUUACAAAGUGGCGCUUUGAUUCGAACGCUUCCUCUUGAGAUCGGUCAAGUCGUUGGCUUCACCGGACAUUAUAAGUAUUCAGAAAUCUUCUAUAAAAUGAUAUCAUUUUUAACGCCUGGCACAGUUUAUCGCUAUGAUUUUGCAAAACCAAAUGCUGAACCGGAAUAUUUGUAUGAAGAUAAAUUAAAUUUGGAGGGUUUCGACAAGAAAAACUUUAAAAUUGAACAAAAAUUUUAUCCAAGUCGUGAUGGUACAAUCAUUCCUAUGUAUAUUAUACAGAAAAAACUCAAUCUAUUGAACUCAAGCCGACCGACUGUACUAUUCGGCUAUGGUGGUUUAAAUUUUCCAUUGAUGCCUUCGUUUAGAAUACAUUUCUUAUUCUUUAUGAAUGAAUUCGAUGGUAUUGUAGCAAUUGCAAAUAUUCGUGGCGGUAGUGAGUACGGAAAAAAAUGGCACGAUGGUGGUCGUUUACUGAACAAGCAAAAUGUAUUCGAUGAUUUCCAGGCAGCGGCUAUGUAUUUAGUUGAACACAAAUAUACCGUACAUGAAAAGAUUGCCAUUAAAGGAGCUUCAAACGGUGGACUUCUCGUCGGAGCUUGUAUCACACAGAGACCCGAAUUAUUUGGUGCGGCGGUAGCUCAAGUGGGUGUCCUGGAUAUGCUGCGUUAUCAUAAGUUUACCAUUGGACAUGCAUGGAUUUCUGACUUCGGCAACCCUGACGAAAAGAUUCACUUUGAAAACCUAUACAAAUAUUCACCGUUACAUAAUGUUCGAUCACCGAACAGCACCGCAAAUCAAUUCCCAUCAACAUUGAUUCAGACAGGCGAUCAUGAUAACCGCGUUAGCCCAUUACAUUCGUUAAAGUUCACAGCUGAACUACAAUACAAAGUAAAAAAUAAUCAAUUCCAAAAGAAUCCAAUUUUGUUGAGAGUAUACAACAAAGCUGGCCAUGGCGAAGGUAAGCCAACAUCCAAAGAAAUCGAUGAGGAAACAGAUGUCUACACAUUUUUAUAUAAAACUCUUAACAUCAAAACUGAAUUGUAAUCAUUACCCAUAAAAUUGAUGUUCAGUUAAAAGCAACUAUGAUCAAAAAAUGAUCGGUAACACAAUUUAAUAAAUUAUGAACAAAUGAUAUUUA